AUGACCAAACGACAACAGACGUUCAACUUUUCAGCUGGGCCAGCAGUACUCCCACAACCUGUGCUCGAGAUUGCCCAGGCUGAGUUGCUAGAUUAUGGUGGAUCAGGAAUGUCAGUCAUGGAAUUAUCUCACCGCUCUCCCGAAUUCGAAGCAAUCAAUGAUAAAGCCGAUGCUGAUUUCAGAGCAUUAUGGAAGAUACCUGCCAAUUACCGUGUCUUGUUUAUGCAGGGAGGUGCUACUGCCCAAUUCUCAGCCAUGGUGUACAAUCUGGCCAAGACUGGAAAGGCAGACUAUCUAGUUACUGGGGCUUGGGGUGAAAAGGCUGUAGAGGAAGCAAAGAGAUUAGGGCUGGAUGUUGGUGUGGUGUUCAACACCAAGGCUACCAAACAUGAUGGAAACCUGCCACCUGUGGAUUCGUGGAAGUUUAGCGACGAUGCGUCCUAUAUCUGGUAUUGUGCUAAUGAAACAAUCCAUGGUGUGGAGCUGCCUGAAACCAUAGUCGAGAACUUCCCACCCGGUAUACCAGUAGUCUGUGACAUGUCAUCAAACGCCUUGUCAAAACCUGUAGAUGUCAGUAAAUAUGCAGUCAUAUUCGCAGGUGCCCAAAAGAAUAUCGGACCAGCUGGUGUCGUGAUUGUCGUCAUUCGUGAAGACAUGCUUGGAACAUCGUAUUUUCCAAAAUCACCGUGCCCAAUUAUGCUCGACUAUAAAACAUGUGCAGACUCAAAAUCCUUGUAUAAUACACCACCAACAUACAGCAUAUACAUGGUUGGACUCGUGCUUGACUAUAUGGUCAAACAGGGUGGUCUAGCCACCUAUAACGCAGCAAACGAUAUCAAAUCCGGGAAAUUGUAUGACGCUAUCGACUCUUCUCAUGGUGUAUUCAUGUGUCCCGUCAAGCCUGAAUACCGAUCGAGAAUGAAUAUACCAUUCAGGGUUUAUGGUGAGGAUGGUAAACCCAGCAAGGAUGUUGAAGAAGAGUUCUUGAAGGGUGCGGAGGAAUUGGGGAUGGUGCAGUUGAGAGGUCAUCGUAGUGUAGGUGGUAUCCGGGCCUCGUUGUACAAUGCUUUGCCGAUGGCUGCAGUUGAUGGACUGGUGGCUUAUAUGAAGGAGUUUGCUGCUAAACGACAGCAUUGA